AUGCAAUCGAGAUACUAUGAUACAUCGUCUUCGAUCUAUCCGGAUGAUAGGAGGACGCAAUUUUACAAUAACCUUUACAAGACGCCGUCGCCGCUGAGUCCUGUUGGGAGCAACUGGUCGAGUUCAAGUGAGGACUUCAGUGACGAUGUGUACAGACCGUAUGUAACGCCACCAUCGCCGUUCGAGAAAUCAACCCAAUACAACAGUAACAAGGUCACAGCUGUAAAUCCGUAUGCACAAUCUCUAUGGUACUCAUUCCGGGGGAAUGACGGCAGCGAGAUCGAGAAAUACAAGAAGGUGACGACAGAAAAACUGAUGCCGUCCCUCAUGGAGAAAAGUUCAGAAAAUUUACAGCUUGGAACAGGAAGAGUAUCUGGAAAUUACUCGAUGGGCAGCAUUCGUAGCCAAAGUAGAAGUCAUCGUGAGCAGCGGUUUACUGCGACAAGCAGCGAAGAGCAGAUAUUAGAGCCGUUAAAUAAUCCGCCACCCUAUGAGCUCAUUUCGAUCCAGUCAAUCAUCGUUAAAAAACUCAAGCUGCUUUUAGAGAUAUCAAACAAGUUUGACAAGUUUGUGGACGAAAACAACGUCCUCAUCAACUCGAAAAUCAAGCUUUUCCUUUUUAGCAACAUCAAAACGUUGCUGAUAAUCCACCAUAAGUUUCUCGACACAAUUCUUAACAGGGAUGGUAAGAUAGACCUCGAAGAGCUGCUGUAUGACCAUUUGCAAAGACUGUACCAUGUGUACCCUUCGUACCUCUGUUACAAUAUUAUCAGAGUGGAAUUUGUGAGGCGUAUUUUGGAUACCCCGAAAUUCAACCCGUUUGUGAAAAGUAGUGAGGCCUUACAGUCCGGCGACUAUUUUUUCUCCUCCACCGAUAACGACAGCCACUGCUCAAAAGAGAAAAAGUUUCAUAAUCUGUUGGUAUCGCCCUCUGUUGAUUUCGAAAGGUUUCUUCGAUAUCUGGACGACUAUAUCGGCAAAUCCAGUCCGCGUAUAGGUGUGUUAAUAUCCAAGUUUCUUGGACACUAUGAAAACUUGCAGCAGAAACACCUUGACGUAGACGCAAACGAGCCUCUAUAUUUGGAGAUCCCGCAGGAGUGGAAGGCAAGCCACAAAAUGAACUGGAAGGAGAUAUCCGGAAUGACGAUUGACCGACAGCUGGUGCACUAUUUGCGCUGGCAAAUCAAGAGUCAGUAUCAGCGGUACUGCAAGAUCAUGAAGCUUAUGAGGUGCCAGGUGGAGCAGAUCUCCAAGAUUUCUGUGCUGAACAAUCACAUUUCCAAAGGGUUCGUUCGUUUGCAGAGUGAUUUGCCGCACACAGCGAGAAACGUGGGGACAAAGUACCAGAAGCAUCUGGGGAAAGUUGAUGUGGAGAACAAGAGGAUAUACUGCAUUGUAGAAGAGUUUGGCAAAUUUAUCAACAGUGAGAGCUUGAAGAGCGCCGACCAGAUCAUGGUUAACGUGUUGGCUGCUAUCAAGAAGCUUAACGGCCAGGGCAACCAGGGAAACGGGAAUUGCUCAGUGGAAAAAGUGUUUCGGGUGCACCAGUUGAAAGUCCUCUUUGAGGAGAGCAUGUACCUUGUUUUUGCUAAGUUUGUUGUGUUUGUGAGGCGGUAUUUGCGGAUCAAAAAAGAGUCGUUCGCCCAUAGCGGAAUGUCCGUUGUCCCGGUAGAGAGCAUUGUAUCUGGGUUCCAACGGAGCCGACUGCAGCAGCAGGAGAGCGUACAGCGGCAGGAGGCCCAACUAGCUGUGUACAACCAGGAGCUUGGACAUGCCUGUGCCAAAGGCCGGCUCUUGAAGCGGUUCUUUGCAUGA